AUGUCCCUCCUACUGGCGCAGGGAGAUAUCCCUGCGGGAAAUUCUGUCCCGAUAACACCGCGUGAAGCUGCCUCUGGUCUUCUGGGCUCCAUCUCCUUGACCUGUUGGUUUUUCUUAUUGGUAUGGCUCACACCGGCCUGGAUAUCGCGAUCAUCCGUUCCCCAACUCAUUGAAAACUACCGUAAUGGCAAUGCUGAAGCCAUCUCGCUCCUCUUUCUCUUCGUCUGGUUCAUUGGCGAUAUCACCAACCUGAUCGGAGGCGCUUGGGCUGGUCUCGUCCCGGUCAUUGUGGCCAUUGCGGUCUAUUUCUGUAUUGCGGACGGUGUGCUCAUCGCGCAAUGUCUGUACUACAAAACCCGCAAUGCUCGUCGCGAGAGUCUGCUUCGUCGUCGGCGCUCCUCCACCGUCACCCCGACCCGACGACCCCUUUACUCGGUCCGUAGCGGACGAGGCGGUCACGGCCACCCUGACGACGCUCUAGCCAACAUCGUCGAGGAGAGCGAGGUUGGUCGGAGUGCUUGGAUUAAGAACUUCAGCAGUGUCCUGGCAAUCUGCGUCAUCGGCAUGGCCGGUUGGACGGUCGCCUGGCAGACCGGGGUCUGGAAACCAGCUUCGAAGGAGCGUAAUGGAGGCGUUGAUAUGGCAGCUGGCGCGCAAGUGCUGGGAUAUAUCAGUGCCGUUUGUUACCUGGGUGCGCGACUUCCUCAGAUCUACAAGAACUACUGCGACAGGUCAUGCGAAGGCCUUUCAUUGCUCUUCUUCAUCCUUUCUUUGAUGGGCAAUCUUACCUAUGGCGCUGGCAUUCUCUGCCACUCAACGGAAAAGAAUUACGUCGUGACGAACCUACCCUGGCUAAUUGGCUCCUUGGGCACGAUGGUAGAAGACGUGGUCAUUUUCGUACAAUUUCGCCUGUAUGCAGAGCAGAGCCCUCAGCUCACGACUGCAGUGUCGUGA